AUGUCUCCUUCGACGCCGCCUCCACCCGGUUUCUACGUCCCAGCAGUCCUCUUCUUCACAGAAGAUGAAGAAUUAGACAUCCCCGCGAUCAAAGCCCACGUCCUUCGUCUGGCUCAAGGUCACGUAACCGGAAUCCUCGUUCAAGGGUCCAAUGGCGAAGCUCAGCAUAUAUCUCACGAGGAACGCAAAAUAACUAUCCAAACCACCCGCCAGACUCUCGACGAGAAUGGGUUCCAAAAUGUGCUCGUCAUCGCUGGAACGGGUGGUCAGUCGACCAGGGAGACGAAAAAGUUGAACGUGGACGCGAAGGAGGCAGGCGCCAGUCACGCACUCAUCCUCACUCCGUCUACGUGGAAGCCCCUAUUGACGAAGGAAUCGAUCACGAAGUUUUAUCGGGAGGUGCGUCUGCUUCUCUUGUCACUUUUCUUCAUCAGUCCCAUAGUGGCGGAUGCUAGUUCAAUCCCAAUCAUGGUCUACAACUUCGCCGUUGUCACCGCCGGUCUGGACCUCGACUCCGACACGAUCGCUACCCUCGGCGAACAUCCCAACAUCGUCGGCACUAAACUUUCCUGCGGCCAUCUUGGCAAACUCACCCGUCUCUGCACAACGCCUUCCCUCCCCCCAUCUCAAUUCGCCACCUUCAUCGGUCGUUCCGAUUCCUUCCUCCCUGCCGUAGCGCUCAAAUCCGCUGGCGGGAUCAUGGCUCUCGUUAAUGUGGCUCCCAAGGCGCAUAGGCGGCUGUUGGACCUGUGGGAGGUGGGUAGGUACGAUGAGGCUAGGGACGUGCAGAGGUUGCUCAGUCAUGGGGAUUCGAUUGCGGCGAAGUGUGGGGGGAUUGGGUUCAUCAAGGCCUUAGUGUCGAAGGAGUUUGGGUAUGGGAACGGGACGGUGAGAGGGCCACUGGUUGCUUCUUCCGUGGAUAAACUACAAGGGAGGGAUAAGGAGCUCAUGGACGAGCUGAUUGCACUUGAGAAAUCUUUGCCGUAG